UGGUUGGCAGGAAGUAAAAGUGCAGUCACCGGAAGACGGAGUUGCGGACUUACGGGGAGUCGGGGGAAAUUUCUUGCAGCCGCUCAUCUCGGCAGGGAGUUUAACACCCGGGGCUCGGAAAGAUGUUGAAGAAGUUUGACAAAAAGGACGAGGAGUCUGGUGGGGGCUCAAAUCCAUUUCAGCAUUUGGAGAAGAGUACUGUACUGCAGGAGGCUCGAGUUUUUAAUGAAACUCCAAUCAAUCCUCGGAAAUGUGCUCACAUUUUGACCAAGAUCCUGUACCUGAUAAACCAGGGAGAGCACAUGGGCUCAGUGGAAGCUACAGAAGCAUUUUUCGCUAUGACCAAACUCUUCCAGUCCAAUGAUCCCACCUUACGAAGGAUGUGCUACCUGACGAUUAAAGAAAUGUCUACCAUUGCUGAGGAUGUCAUCAUAGUUACUAGCAGUUUGACAAAAGACAUGACUGGCAAAGAAGACAAUUAUCGUGGACCUGCUGUGAGAGCACUGUGUAAAAUUACCGAUAGCACCAUGCUGCAAGCAAUUGAACGUUACAUGAAGCAGGCAAUAGUAGACAAAGUUCCCAGUGUCUCCAGUUCUGCAUUGCUUUCUUCCCUGCACUUACUCAAGACUGGUUUUGAUGUGGUUAAACGCUGGGUGAAUGAAGCUCAAGAAGCAGCCUCCAGUGAUAACAUAAUGGUGCAGUACCACGCUCUGGGUCUGCUGUACCACAUCCGCAAAAACGACCGACUUGCAGUCAACAAGAUGGUGACCAAGUUCUCACGCCAGGGCCUGAAGUCCCCAUUUGCCUAUUGUAUGAUGAUCCGUGUUGCGACCAAACUACUGGAGGAGGAUGAAAGCAGCCGUGACAGCCCUCUGUUUGACUUCAUUGAAAACUGCAUGAGGAACAAGCACGAGAUGGUGGUUUAUGAAGCGGCCUCUGCCAUUGUCAAUCUGCCAAACUGUACAGCCAAAGAACUGGCACCUGCUGUCUCUGUCCUCCAGUUGUUCUGUAGUUCACCCAAGGCAGCCCUACGAUAUGCAGCAGUGAGGACACUUAACAAGGUGGCGAUGAAGCACCCUUCAGCUGUGACUGCAUGCAAUCUGGACCUGGAGAACCUGGUGACCGACUCGAACCGCAGCAUUGCCACGCUUGCCAUCACCACCUUGCUGAAAACGGGAAGCGAGAGCAGCAUCGACCGCCUCAUGAAGCAGAUCUCCUCCUUCAUGUCCGAAAUUUCAGAUGAGUUCAAGGUGGUGGUGGUCCAGGCCAUCAGUGCUCUGUGUCAGAAGUACCCACGGAAACACUCUGUGAUGAUGAACUUCCUGUUCACCAUGCUGCGAGAAGAGGGUGGGUUUGAGUACAAGCGUGCCAUUGUGGAAUGCAUCAUCUGCAUCAUCGAGGACAAUCCCGAGAGCAAGGAGACAGGCCUGGCGCAUCUCUGUGAAUUCAUUGAGGACUGUGAGUUCACUGUGCUUGCCACUCGAAUCCUUCACCUGCUUGGGAGAGAAGGAGCUCGGACUCCUAAUCCCUCCAAGUACAUUCGCUUCAUCUACAACCGGGUCAUCCUGGAGAACGAAGAGGUCCGAGCCGCUGCUGUGAGUGCUUUGGCGAAGUUUGGAGCCCAGAAUGAUGAAAUGUUCCCCAGUGUAAGCGUGUUACUGAAGAGGUGCAUGAUGGACGAUGACAAUGAGGUGCGAGAUAGGGCCACCUUCUAUCUACAUGUUUUGGAACAGAAACAGAAAGCUCUAAACUCUGCCUACAUCCUCAAUGGCCUGCAAGUGUCCAUUCCAGGCCUGGAGCGAGCUCUGCACCACUACACUCUGGAGCCGUCUGAGAAACCCUUCGACCUGAAAUCAGUUCCAUUAUCUAUGGCCCCCAUCUCUGAACAGAAGUCUGAAAUCACCCCGGCAACUUCAGUGAAGGUGCCAGAAAAAGUGGCCUCAAGCAGACAGGACAUUUUCCAAGAGCAACUCUCUGCUGUCCCAGAGUUCAAGGAGUUGGGUGCACUUUUCAAGUCCUCAUCCAACCCCAUCCCUCUCACAGAAUCUGAGACAGAGUAUGUUGUCCGGUGUACCAAGCACACUUUUGUCAAUCACAUUGUGUUUCAGUUUGACUGUACAAAUACUCUAAAUGAUCAGAUCCUGGAGAAUGUCACAGUGCAGAUGGAUCCCACAGAAGGUUAUGAAGUGGUGUGUUGUAUUCCAGCAGCGAGCUUACCUUAUAACCAGGCAGGCAUCUGUUACACACUGGUGAUGUUGCCUGAAGAUGAUCCAACAGCAGUGGCCUGUACAUUUAGCUGUACUCUAAAGUUUACUGUUAAAGACUGUGAUCCCAACACUGGAGAGGCUGACGAGGACGGGUAUGAAGAUGAGUAUGUGUUGGAAGAUGUAGAGGUCACUGUGGCUGACCACAUACAGAAAGUCCUGAAGCCCAACUUCAGCGCUGCCUGGGACGAGGUGGGAGACACCUGUGAGAAAGAAGAGACUUUUGCCCUGUCAAGCAUGAAAACACUUGACGAGGCCGUGAAUAACAUUGUUAACUUCCUGGGCAUGCAGCCAUGUGAAAGAUCAGAUAAGGUGCCAGAGAAUAAGAAUUCACACACGCUUUACCUAGCAGGUGUUUUUCGUGGGGGUCACGACCUCCUUGUGCGGGCACGACUGGCGCUGAUGGAGAGUGUGACGAUGCAGGUUACAGCACGAAGUAAAGACGAAAUUCCUGUUGACGUCAUCAUGGCCUCUGUUGGGUAGUUUCUUCUGUGAAGAAGUCUGGGUGAUUUUCUCAUGACUCGGGGAGGGAAAUAACAAGAGAUCUUCUGAGCAAACUCUGAAAUUUUAUUGCCAUUUAUGUAGGGCAGGGGGUAAAAUCAGUUCUUUGUUAGCCUUGCAUACAUUGUGUAAGACCUUUGGAAGUAAAGGUGUUUAAUGAAUAAUUGUUAACAUUGAUCUGGUCUUAUGAAAGCCUGCAAGCGAGGGAAAUUAAACACCCUUGAGGUCCAUAAUGAGACUAUUACAUUAAAUAAAAAGGCAUUAUAUAUAUAAAAACAUCUAUGAAAUGUGGAA